CAUUUGUGACUCUAUUUCCUUUAAAAAUCUCAAGUACAAACAGCAAAACUAUGAGAGCCAAGCAUCUGUUAGCAGGUGUUUGCUGUGUUAUUCUAGGUUUUCAGUAUGAAAUCAUUUUUGAAAACUAAAUAAAAACUAGGGAAGACAGAUGCAUUUACUAAAUACUUGGAUGCUUGUCACCUGUCUGUUUGGCUCCUUCUUUCUGGGCCACAGAAGCCUUUACCCUCCUUUUCCCACUUGACACAGUGCUAAGGACACUGCUGUUGGUGGUAGUCAGAAAAAAAAUCAAACAUCAGAAAUAAAAACACCCAUAUCCCCAUAGGUAGGUGGCAUUUUCUAUAUGUUUUUGAUUUCUCUUAUCAAAUGGUUAUUUGUUUAUUGCAAAAAUGUUUUUAAAAUGUAAAAUAGUACAAAGUAAAAAAUGACUGCACUUAUCCUUUCAGAGUUUUAUUCUGUGCAUCACACCUGUGUCCAUGUUUGCAUAUGGCUAUAAUUACCUACAUUCACACGCACAUAUAUAUAAUUCUUCUAACAAACAGGAUCUCAAUUCACUUCUGCAACUUGCCGUUUUUUGGUUGAGUGACGUACCUUGACACUCUAGAGCUAUGCAAUUGGCUUGCAGCCUUUCUACAUAACGUUUUAUUUUAAAUUAAAAAAAUUAUUUUUGGACUCCAGCAUCAUUUAUUAACUUUCCAGUCAGUAUGUUGUAGUUGUCUAUCUGUUCAAAUGCAUGUGAGUGUGUGACUUAUAAAAUACAACUUUAUUUUCAAGUAAUUUUAUUUUUAGUUCCUAGUAGCUUUCAGCUGUAUUCUGGUCUCGGUUAAUAGGUAUUAAAUAUAUAACCACCUCUGAUGUGGAGUCUGCAGAGAUAUUCCGAGGUUGAAAGGAGACCUCAUACCCCUGGGGAGGAGGGGUGACCAGUGUCUUCUAAAGCAUCUUCCUUCUCCUAAGUCAGCCUGGGAGAAGUGCUGAAUGGCUGGCAUUUGACAACAUGCACCACCAGUGGCUUCUGUUGGCCGCAUGCUUCUGGGUGAUUUUCAUGUUCAUGGUGGCCAGCAAGUUCAUCACGCUGACCUUUAAAGACCCUGAUGUAUACAGCGCCAAGCAGGAGCUUCUGUUUCUGACCGCCGUGCCCGAGGAUGCAGCGAGGUCGCCUGGAGAGACGCACUUUGCUAAGGAGCUGAAGCCGACCGGGAAGAUGCCGUUGGGCGACCAGCUGGUUCAGCCCCUGGUCUACAUGCAGCGCCUGGAGCUCAUCAGAAAUGUCUGCAGGGAGGAAGCUCUUAGGAGUCUCUCCCACACUGCCAUCUCCAAGUUUGUCCUCGACCGAAUAUUCGUCUGUGACAAGCACAGGAUUCUCUUCUGCCAAACUCCCAAAGUGGGCAACACCCAGUGGAAGAAGGUGCUCAUCGUGUUGAACGGAGCCUUUCCUUCCAUCGAAGAGAUCCCGGAAAAUGUAGUCCAUGACCAUGAGAAGAACGGCCUCCCGCGUCUCUCUUCCUUCAGCAAUGAGGAAAUUCAGAUGCGCUUGAAAACAUACUUCAAGUUUUUUAUCGUAAGAGAUCCCUUUGAAAGACUGAUUUCUGCGUUUAAGGAUAAGUUUGUUCACAACCCCCGCUUUGAGCCUUGGUACAGGCACGAGAUUGCGCCCGGCAUCAUCAGAAAGUACAGAAGGAACCGGACAGAGACCCGGGGCAUCCAAUUUGAGGACUUUGUGCGCUACCUGGGUGAUCCGAACCACAGGUGGCUGGACCUUCAGUUUGGGGACCACAUCAUCCACUGGGUGACAUAUGUGGAGCUGUGUGCACCCUGCGAGAUUAGGUACAGUGUCAUCGGCCACCACGAGACCCUGGAGGAGGACGCCCCAUACAUCCUGAAAGAGGCCGGCAUAGACCACCUGGUGUCUUACCCAACCAUCCCUCCAGGCAUCACCGUGUAUAACAAAACCAAGGUAGAGCACUACUUUCUGGGCAUCAGCAAACGCGACAUCCGGCGCCUGUACGCACGUUUUGAAGGGGACUUUAAGCUCUUCGGGUAUCAGAAGCCAGAUUUUUUGCUAAACUAAUGUGUAGGACUGUGUUCAAGUCAGACCAGAGGCUAACCCAGUAGAGGUCUGGGCGCAGAAAUGACACCUCCUCCAUCACACUCCUCUGAGGACUCCGCAGCUCCCUGGACCUGUGUGGGCCUCGGCCGGUGAAGCUGGACUCUGAUCCACCAUAACGUGGGCUCAGGCAUAAGAUGCACUGAGGGCUCCGUCCCCCCACCCCUACUAGUGCCAUUAGGCCUUUGCUCUCCUCAGAAGAUCAGAGGACUAAACAUCUACAGUCUAACAGCUGGGAGGGAACAUCACCUCCCUCAGGUGUCAGACACCUGCAGCUGCCCCGAGGGGGCAGGGUGAGGGGGGCGGUCUGCUGUCGCCUCCACAUUUCAGGAAUGGUACCCAGUGCUUUCAGGAGAGAUGGAGAAGCCAGUCAUCUGCCAAGAUCACUGGGGCCGAGACAGGACCACAUCUGGGUCACAAAAAGACACCUCUGGCUCUCAUCUCGGCAAACUUCUUUCCAUGACUGGUUCCUGAGAGAUUCAGGGAUGACCAAGGGUACUUUUAGGCAGUCCAUCUUUUCAGAACACAUGCCGGUGUGUUGCUGGUCCAGAUUUCUGAGCCUGUACCGCCCCCCCACCACCCCGGGUGAUCAGGAGACACAAUUUUUAAAAGUGAGGGGAGUGUAUGUUCUUGCCACCUGAGAAGGGGACCGUCUCUGGGGCCAUAAAGGGAAUGUGGCUGGGAAGGGGCAGAGCCGCUUGGGGCCCGGAACUCAGGCUGCCGUGACCUGGGCUCCAUCUGUCCUGAAGACUCUCCACCUCUUGUGUCUGAUGGUCCCACACAGAGGGCAUGGGGGUUCUGCCCCAGCUGCUCGGGGCAACAUGCCAACGUUGCCCAGUCUGUGCAGUUGACACGUGUGGAUUUCCUCUCAUCUCAGCAGAAUGCACACCUCUGGGCCCAUUUCUGGUGUGAGUUGGAUAAUCGAGUCCACCAGCAAUAAAAUCCUGGGCGAGGCAUCUUCUCAGCACCAAGGAGCAAGCCACGGCUACUUCUUUAGAUGCCAUCCGACAGCGAGGCCCCUCGAGGUGAGGGCCAGUGUCCCCAUGAGCUGUCUCAAGUGCCCAGCCCACACUGUGCCCUGGAGCCCAGCUUCCGCUCCAGGCGGCCUCCACCUCCCUCUCAGUGUGGCCUCCUGAGUCCGUCAAUGUGAAAGUAAAAUGGAAUAAAAAAUAUGUGCCAACCUGACAUGGGCUGCAGUUCCAGGGGAGGCCUCGCUGUGGUGACAGGCACGCAGGCCUGUGCGGAUGGCUGCUGGUGACACAGCAGGGGAAUGGGGCUCCCCUGUGCCCAUCUGCGACGUGCUCAAAGGGGGUAGUCAGCGUGGUGGCCUGUCUUGCUUAGCUGACAGGCUGAGGGUGUAGCCCCAGUCGUUUUUCUCUCAAGUUUUAGCAAGUCCCUCAAAGUCAUCUCACCGCCGCCGCCCCCGCCCCCAUGCGCAGAUGGGUUCCUCUUUCCUAUUUGAAAUGUUAACAGUGUGAAUAAUGUUUGUGAAUUGAAGGCCUUAAAGUUAGGAACAAAAGGUUGGACAUCUGGGUGCCCCCCAUCCCAGGCCUCUGGAACUUAGAUUUUGGCCAUUUUUCUCUGGCAUUUAGGUCAUUUUCCUAACGUUUUUCCAGACACAUAGAGACAGCCCCCGUAAUGUCUAGACAUUGCACAGUGAGCCGGAAACCCAAGCUCCCCACCCCCACCCCAGCCCCUGGGCUCCUGUUCCUACCAGCCCGCCCCCCCUGCAUCCUCCCCCUGAGGUCCACCACCUUCCUUUCAUCUUCCUCCCUUCCAGCACCUAAGAGCAGGUGCCAUUCUCCUGUCACCUGCGCGGUUUUCCCCCACAUCACUGCCUAGAAGGCAGCUCUACACAGGCAGCCUGGAGCGAACCUGGCUGCAUCCUGCCUGGCAAUGCCCAGCCUUUGCUAGGGUCUCCCUCACCCUGGGCUGCUCAGCCUGUGCCUGCACAGCUCCUGCAUCCACGCUGGGCCUUCUUCGCUCACCAGGGGGGUGGGGGCAUGGCUAGGGUGCUGGUGGGGGGGGGAUGCCUCCAGGAGUGGGAGCAUAGCUAGGGCGCCUCAAGGGGCAAGUGGGGGGGAGUGUCCCCACCACCCUCGCUGCCCGCCCCACCCCACCCAGUGGAGACAUUUGGGGUGUGGGGGGGAGAUGGGCAGCCAGAGAGGGCAGACUCUUCAGGAAAUGUCUAGGUGAGAACUCCCAAGUAGCCUUAAGCCUGGAUUUGGAAGAAACAGAAGUAACUCCAUCUUCAAGAAGGGGUCUUAAGGCCAGGAGGGAAAUUCCAAAAUUUGGAAACUUCCUAUUAAACUAGGUUGACUUAA